GACCCUUUCAGCUGGUUUUGGAACUCUUCGAAGAAGAAAGUCCUCCAGAUGGUUCAGCGACUGCCCCUGCAUGCGUUUUGGGCUGUCUUGGGGGCACUCCGACGUAUAACGGCCAGCUGUUUGACCACGCAAUGCCGACUGGCUACAUUUACAAACUCUGGCUCUUAGCAGGAGACCCCAUGUACUUCGAAGACAAGAACACUCAGUGCAUGCAAUUCGACUUCGAAUAUUCCCUCAAAUUUGAGUCCAAAAUGACCCCUUUUGAAGUGACCUCCCACUCCUGGAUGUGCCCCUUCGCGCGGCUGCCGGGGCUGAUUGUGCAGCUCAAGAAAGACGCGGAAGAUGCAAUUAUGUCCGAUGAACUCGGCGUCGUGAAGAUGCAUUUCGUGGACCUCAAGGGCUGGUUUGGAUUUCCCCCCGACGAAUUGGACUCGAUGGUCCACACGACGCGCCUCGUGCUGCAGCAGCCCAGGUUGGCAGCGGCGCUUUCGAAGUUCCUCGAGGGACAGUUGAGAGUGACGGAAGAUGCUCAGUUUGUCUUGGACACAAAAUAUGGAGUGCCCACCUCAGGGCACCAUUUGCUGCGUCUGUCAGUGCCAAGAAGAUCUCUUUUAAAACUCUCCGUCCGCAGCAGCAGCGGCACUUCUCCCCAUUUGGUGGUUUACCCCGAGGGCCAGCCCGCGGCAGUCCUCGCCGAGGCCUACGGAGACCUCUUCAUGGAGGCGGACUCCGCGGGUUUGUACGUAAUAAGACUCACUUUAACUCCUGCGGCCUCUUCGGCGUCUUGUCCUUUCCUUCACUUCCACUUCGUCGUGGCCCCGCUUUCCCUCAUUCCCGUGUGCCCCUGGGCAAGGGGACUGCAGCAGCAGCAGCAGCAGCAGCAGCUCUCGCUGCCGCAGCUGCGCCAGGCCGCCCUCAACGCCUUCAACACCACCUUCGACGCCUCAAUGUUUCUGCCCAAACAGCUGGGGGCCGACGGCGUUGAGGUGUCUAGACCUCACGACAUUUGGAUGUCUCCUUCUUUGCAGCCGGAGUUUCCUUUUUCUGCUCCGGGGGCCAGCAGCAGCGCUGUUUCUGAAUAUACCGAAAACCGAAUUUUGCUGCUCUCUCGAGACCUCCCUGGGGGAGACUACAUUUUGAAGUUUGUUAUUUAUGACCAGGCUCAGCCAGAGACGGAGCAGCUGUGUGCGCACGCGACGAUAAACGCGGAACUGGGGGAAAACAACUCCGCACUCCUCAACGCCGUCCGAGCGGAACUCCUCGAAGUCCCAGACCUUUUGCCUGUCGAGCCUUUGCCGCGUUCUUUCAACUCCAGGUGC